AGCUCCAGAUGACGACGAAGGUUUUUGAAGAUGUAUGCUCAAAAAAUCUUGCUUUGAUCAACUCUUACAUCGGUGGAGAGAACUCGAACCUGCUUGAAGACCUGAAUAGCAUGAAGACUUCUUUCGACGGAAAGCUUGUCACCGGCAUCGGGAUGCCAGCGAAUCAAAAUUUGAGUGUCAUUGAAGAGGGGGUCAAGCGCGCUGAGUGGGGCCUGAGUGACAUUCAUGGUAUAACGGAUGUCAGCAUCACAACCAAAAACGAACACGAAUUUAAGCAUGUGACCCGGCGCCAGCCCCAGCGCCAGUGCGCGACCGCUCGCAGUACGUGGCGAGCACAGUCAUCGUGCUGUGCAUCGUAGCCCUGGCGCUGGGCUACAUAUUUAUGACAACAGAAGGUGACGGCCCGACAUCGACGGCCAUCACGACUGCGGGGUCUCCAGCACAGCAGGAAACUACACCGGCGACUACGAAGGCUCCAGGCAUUCCAGG